AUGUCGAAGUUGAAACUAAUUUCUGCAACUGACACACAGUUUCCUGCAUCCCUGCUGAAGUCCAUCAAUGAGCAACGAAACAAUGGAUUAUUUUGUGAUGUCACUAUAAUUGUGCAGGACCGGAAAUUUAAAGCACACAAGACCAUGCUAUCGGCAUCCAGUACCUACUUUCGCCAACUGUUCUCGGUUGCUGGACAAGUGAUAGAGUUAAACUUCAUCAAAGCAGAUAUAUUCGAAGAAAUUCUGAAUUACAUAUAUAGCUCCAAGAUCAGUAGAGUUCGCUCUGACAAACUUGAAGACCUUAUCAAUGCAGGCCAGAUAUUGGGUGUCAAGUUCAUUGCCAACUUGGGUGCACCCCUGUCGCAAGUCAAAGGAUUACCUGGUCUUUCCAAAGAAGGAGAAAACAGUGGCACUAAUACCUCUGAGAAAAAUGAGAUGGGAUCAGAAAACAUGCCUAUAAUUACUGAGUCAUUCUCACUCUCUGCUGAGGAAUUCCAUUUGGGCACCGGUGGUGCUGAUAAGGAUGUAGAAUCUGACAGUGAUGAAGUGCUUUUUGUGUCAAAGGUGGAGCCUCAAAAGGGAGCUUCCAGUAGCAGCACAAAGCCUUCAGAAGUUAUUGACGUGGACGCUGAGGAAGGUUCAGUGGAUAAAAAUCCGAGGGAUGCAGCGAAGGAAGUCACUCCUGAUGUGAUAAAGGACCAAGAGAAAAUAGACAAGCCAUCUAUAGGUAACACAGAAGAAAAAUCGUCUCUCCAAAGCAGCCCUCAAUCCCAGCGUGAAACCAUUUCUCUCUCUAGUCCCGUGGUGUCCCCAGAGGCUAGCAGGAGUUUUCCUUCUUCCCCUGCAAGACCAUCUUCUCACAGUGCACCCACCACUCCAGCCAGCCUAAAUAGCUUCCCUCCUGAACCACACAGUAGCUCUGCCACCAUGGAGAGCAUUUCAGUGUUAGGGGUCCAGAAGAAGAGGGUGACCACACUCCUAGAGCAGUCCUCGGACCAACAGGGCAAAAUCAAGCUGUCAGAUGUGAGAUCGAGUAGCAGUACCAAAAAUGGGACCGGGCUCAAUAUGCACCAAAGCAUGGCGGCCAAAAAAACGAUAACGUUAGACAAAGCCUCGGAGAUUGACUCGCUGUUGCCAGGAUGUAAAGUUUAUGCCAACAUUGGGGAAAACACUUAUGACAUAGUCCCAGUGAAAGAUGACCCGGGAGAAGGCGACUCCAGGGCGGGCCCAGGACGGAAAUCCCAAGCACCCGCACAGGGUUCCGGAAACGUGUCCAACCAUUCACCGCAAGGGACCCCAAGCAGAAAGAAAGCGAGGGUGGACCAGGACGAUCAUUAUGAACUGAUCAUGGAUGGAAAGACGUUUUACGUGUGUAUUGUGUGUAAGCGGCCCUACGUGUGCCUGACGAGUCUGAGACGUCACUUUAACACUCAUUCUUGGGAGAGGAAGUACCCGUGCCAUUACUGCAACAAAGUUUUUGCCUUGGCAGAAUACAGAACCAAACACGAGAUCACUCACACGGGCGAACGGCGAUAUCAAUGUUUGCUCUGCAACGAAAUGUUUAUUAACUACCAGCUGCUAUCGUCUCACUGCAAACAGAUUCACAAUCAAGAUCCUUCGGGAAGGAAGGAGAAAGAUGACACGGAUAACAACUUAUACCGUCUGCUCCCCUGCAAAACACUGCAGUUUAAGCCGUACUCUUUUGUCUCUGAAGGCACAGGGGGAAUUCCAGUCAUCAAUGAAGAAGGAAUUGUACAGCACGUGAACCCCGGAAGGUCGCACUUUGCAAAUCAAUCAGUCUCUUCAAAUCAAGGGAAAAUGUUGAACUGGGAUGAUAUCUUUGUGGAGCCAGAAGCGCACACCCGGCCAGGAGCUCACGCCCGACCCGGGCCGCUCGCCCGACCUGUCACUCAAAUGAAUUCAGAAGGCUCCUCGGAGUUUGAGUUUGUGAUACCAGAGACAUACUGAGCAGGCAGGCCCCCUGCUCUUAGUAAGGUGCCUUUUUAGUAGGGUCUCCCUAUUGAUUCUGCUUAGGUUCAGGUCAAGCGUUCAUUGAAUAAUGCUGAACAGUUCAUUAAAUGUGUUCACAUGUUGAAGAACU